CGUCUAGAUCUGAGACGUCACUUCCGCCUCCUCCGUAGCUGAAGAAGAUGGCGGCCGUCAUGGAGAGAGUUGAUGGAUGUGUUGGAUCUGCGGACCCGGACGCGGUGUCGCUGAGACAGUCCAGCUCCCCACAGGAGCAGCCGCACCAGAACAACCCCCUGCUGGGUCUGCCCAUCGUGGCCAUCGAGACCAUCCUGAACUUCCUGUCCUACGAUGAGAUCAGCAUGCUGCGCUCGGUUUGCAAACGCAUGGACAUGAUCUGCCAGCGUGUUCUAAACCAGGGCUUCCUGAAGGUGGAGAGGUACCACAGCCUGUGCCAGAGACAGGUCAAAGCUCAGCUGCCCAGGCGGGAGUCGGAGAGGAGAAACCACUCGCUGGCCCGUCAUGCUGACAUCCUGGCUGCUGUGGAGACGCGCCUCUCUCUGCUUAACAUGACCUUCAUGAAGUAUGUGGACUCCAACCUGUGCUGCUUCAUACCUGGAAAGGUGAUCGAUGAGAUUUACCGCGUGCUGCGCUACGUGAACUCCACCAGAGCCCCCCAGCGAGCCCAUGAGGUCCUGCAGGAGCUGAGGGACAUCUCCUCCAUGGCCAUGGAGUACUUUGAUGAGAAGAUCGUUCCUAUCCUAAAGAAGAAGCUUCCAGGGACUGAUCUGUCUGGACGUCUCAUUGGAUCUGCACCAGUGGCUGGACCCUCCACGUCGUUGACCACCAUGUCGCUGCUGGCUAAGAACACCCCCUCCCGCUCAGAGAUGACCAAGGUGCAGCAGCAGGUGAAGGUGAACGGCGCGUCGAUGACGGUGCUGCGGCGGGAGAUGACGGAAAUCCGGGUGAAGCAGCUGGAGCAGCAGAAGCAGCUUCAGGACCAGGAGCAGAAGCUGCUGGAGCAGAGCCAGGUGAUCGGCGAGCAGAACGCCCGCCUCGCCGAGCUGGAGCACAAGCUGAGGGAACUCAUGGACAGCAGCGCCGCCGCCAUGGGCGAGCCCAGCUCCUCCACUACCUCUGCCUCCGCCCCGUCCUCCUCCUCCUCCCCCGCUGCUGGCACGCCGGCGGGCGGCGCGGCCCCGCAGGCGGAGGGCGGCUCCUCGCUGAAGCGCAGCAGAAAGAGCUCCGACCUCCCCCGACAGUCCAAGCGGCUGCGCAGCAGGAAAUGACUCUUCCUCACCAUGUAGAUGUAGUCGUCAGUUUUCCACACUCCGUAUCCAUCCGCCUCCUCCUCCCGCCCUUCACCUCGUGUCACAGACACCUCCUGUGGCGUUUGGACUUUUGACCUCUUCUGAUACUUCCUGACCUACACAGCUGCAGCCCCGAGGCCGCGGGCCUGGACUUUGGACUGCAGGGUUGACGUCAGGACGUCCCUCAGAGGACCGUUGGAACUGGCUGCUGCUCAGCGUGGACAGUUGAAGGCUGACAUCAGAGAACAUUCAUGGAGGUCAAGGUCUCCGUCUGGGAGGUUCAUCCCUGUUGAAUGCAGACAUCCAGACGGUCUUUGAUUUUAAGAUGAAGUCUUUAUUUUUGUUGUUGAGCCUGGAGACUGAGCUGGACGCCAAGAAGCUCCUUCUGCCCUUUGACCUUUAACCUCUGUAUAGUUCAUGGCUCGGUUGCUUUGGAGACGCAUUUUCUCCAGGAUUGUUGAAGGUAAAGAAAACGUUUUAAACAGGAAAAAGUAAACUUCAAAGUGAAGAAAUGAUUUCUAAUUUCUAAGUUCAGUCGAUAUUUUUUUUUUUCAUUUUCUUUUUUUUCCCUUUUUUUUUUACAUUAUUUUGAAAUCUCUAUCCAGAUUUCAAGCUCCACGCUUUUGCAUAAAAAAAAUCUCAAAAAAACGUUUCUUCAUUUUAGAAGUUUCUCAAACUUCCGUUAAAUUAAUUUGUUUUCAUUUUCUGGCUUUUAAUUCAAAUGUUCUUUGCAUUCAAUAAUAUUGGAACAUUUCUCUCUAUAGUUUCUAUAGUUACCAGCAUUAAAAACAUUGUUAUGUUAGUUCAACCCAGAUCAAUCUGGCAUAAAGAGAGAGAACAGAGCUGCCCCACCCCCGCGUGUUGCUGCACACAGACCAUCAGCUGGCUGCAGGCCGCUAUUGUCGGCUUGUUAAGAUGCUAUUAAACAAGCAGCUACUCUCUGGAAGGACUGAGACAAACAUGGCAGAUUUUUUUUUUGCAGCUGCAGCAGUGGGAAUAGAUGGUGCUUCUCACCGUCCACACCAGAUUUUCUACAUUUCAGGUCAUGUUAGACAUUUUUCCAUGUUUCUGUGGAUGUUGUGGAACUGUGGAGGUUAUGGUGGCGAGCUGUACCACCUUUCAGAUAGCCCCCCCCACCCCCACCGGAUUCAAGCCUGCAACAUACUGCGCCUGGAGGUAUAUGGAGAGAAAUUGUUUCUAAUAAUUGCAACAACAAAAAAGAUUUUUUUUAGGUUACAUUCAUUUCUGGUUUUCUUAUAUUUUUUCCACAUUUUAUUUUGACUGAUUUAUUUAUUGAUUGUUUUUUUUUUGGAUGGGAAAGAUGAUGGACUUCGAUCCUCUCCAAGAAUCUGAAAAAUAGAAUAAAAUCUGAAAAACAAAACAAUAAAAUAACAAAGUAAACUUUUGAAUACACAUAAAUAAAUCACAAAAGCUAUUUUAGAAUGAAAAGUUUUCCUAGGUUUGAUUUAUUACAUGUAUUUUUGUUGAUAAUUCUGCAACAAAUUUCUCUCCAUAGCUCUGAGUGGAUGGCUGUAAAUCUGAAAGGUGUGGGGAAGGUUUCUCUAUUUUGAGCCUCGGCAUCAAAGUGUCAUUAAAAAGAAUUUCUCUUUCUUUCCCUAAAACCUGUGGUUCCUCUUCAGUAAAAUACGGCCUAGUUAAAGGAGAGCCGGUGCCGCCUGCUGCCGGUCAGGUUAUUAACUCACCGUUUUUAAAACUGAGCAGCACCUCCUGGCCUCGGCUCAGUGACAGGAAGCUCUGAUUGGUCUGCAGAGAAGCUCUCAGCUCCUCCAGGACUCUUAUCUCGCUUGUUUGGCUUCUUAACAUUCAUUUGUGUGGUUGGGAUGAGCAGAACCACUCAUGGCAUGACUCUCUGGAAAUGCACUUGUGUGUAUUAUAGUAACACUGGGCUGUAAUCUAGUGGCUUAAUGAGAGCAAUUGUACUGUAAUCUCCAUGUACUUUAAGAUGUAGAUUGUUGAUUAUUUCAUGUUUGGAAAACAAAGAAUAUUCUUUAAAGUUGGCAAGUUUGAGUCCAACUAUGAAGUUUUGUUGCACAUAUUACUGUUUCCAUGUUUAAACCAAACCUAUUAAAUAUCAGCAGCUGUGAAGCUCA